ACAUCACACAUUAGUUAAAUCCUCAAGGGAAAGUAAUAGGAAGCUUAAAGAUGUUUGAUACCCAAACUCGUGAUUAUUUUUUAGCCAAAGCCAAUAGAGAUACUGAAAUAGCGGGGGGCGGCGAUUGGGAAUUAGUCGCCAUCGACAAAUGCCCAUAGACUAUAUUAAAGUACCUAAAGAAACUAUCCUUACCAAUCAGAGUGGUUGGGUACUAAUUCUAUACCAAAAUAAACGUGGGCAGUAAGUCAAAAGUACGCUGGAUUUCUGCGAAAAGUGGUAAAAAAUAUAUUCGUGAAUCGAAGACGUUAACCGCUCCUUCACUCUCCGCCCACUGUUUGCUAAAUCCAGAAUGCGGAGAUUCGUAGCUGAUAAAGCCAAAACUCUCAUCAAUAGGAGUAGGACCACCUGUUCUUCUUCUUCUUCUCCUCCUCCUACUACUUCCUUGUUGCAGCGGCUCACCUCUUCUUCUUCUUCUUCUUCUUCUUCUUCUUCUUCUUCUCAAUCACCUGCUGUUCUUCGUUUUUUAUCCACUUCAAUGGCUUCCGAUUAUUCAUCCACUCCGGUCACUCUCAAUAACGUUAAUCCAAAGGUUUUGAAAUGUGAGUAUGCUGUCCGCGGAGAAAUAGUCAACCUUGCUCAGAAAUUACAACAAGACCUCAAGGAGAAUCCAGGCUCUCAUCCCUUUGAUGAGAUCUUGUACUGCAAUAUUGGAAAUCCUCAAUCGCUGGCUCAGCAGCCUAUUACUUUCUUUAGGGAGGUCCUUGCAUUAUGUGAUCAUCCACUUAUUUUGGACAAAAGUGAAACACAAGGUUUGUUCAGUGCGGAUUCAAUAGAACGAGCUUUCCAGAUCCUCGACCAAAUUCCUGGUAGAGCAACAGGUGCAUACAGCCACAGUCAGGGUAUCAAAGGAUUACGUGAUAUGAUUGCUUCUGGUAUCGAAGCUCGUGAUGGCUUCCCUGCUGAUCCAAAUGAUAUUUUCUUGACUGAUGGUGCAAGCCCUGCGGUUCACAUGAUGAUGCAGUUGCUCAUUGGGUCAGAGAAUGAUGGGAUUCUCUGUCCCAUCCCCCAAUAUCCUCUUUAUUCUGCUUCAAUUUCUCUCCAUGGUGGCACUCUCGUUCCUUAUUAUCUCGAUGAGGAAACAGGAUGGGGGCUUGAGGUCUCAGAGCUUGAGAAUCAGCUGAAAACUGCAAAAUCCAAGGGUAUUAACGUUAGGGCUUUGGCUGUAAUCAAUCCAGGCAACCCAACUGGGCAGGUUCUUGCUGAGGCCAAUCAACGAGAAAUUGUGGAAUUCUGCAAGAAAGAAGGCCUUGUUCUUCUGGCGGAUGAAGUGUAUCAGGAGAAUGUUUAUGUGCCUGAGAAGCAGUUCCACUCAUUUAAGAAAGUCGCGCGCUCUAUGGGUUUUGGAGAAAAGGACGUCUCUUUAGUUUCUUUUCAGUCUGUGUCAAAAGGAUUCUAUGGGGAGUGUGGAAAGCGAGGAGGUUACAUGGAGGUUACUGGAUUUAGCCCUGAGAUAAGGGAACAGAUAUACAAAGUGGCAUCUGUCAAUCUGUGUUCCAACAUUUCUGGUCAAAUUCUUGCAAGCCUCAUCAUGAGCCCCCCAAAGGUGGGUGAUGAAUCAUACGAGUCUUUUGCUGCUGAGAAAGAAGGGAUACUCUCAUCCUUGGCAAAGCGUGCAAAGACACUAGAAGAUGCAUUCAACAGUUUGGAGGGAGUAACAUGCAAUAAAGCUGAGGGUGCAAUGUAUCUAUUUCCACGUAUCCACUUGCCUGACAAAGCAAUAAAAGCAGCAGAAGAAGCUAAAGCUGCACCAGAUGCAUUUUAUGCUCAGCGCCUCCUUAAUGCCACUGGAAUUGUUGUUGUCCCAGGCUCUGGAUUUGGCCAGCGUCCUGGAACAUGGCAUUUUAGGUGCACAAUAUUACCACAAGAAGAGAAGAUACCAGCAAUUGUAUCUCGUCUUACAGAAUUCCAUAAGCAGUUCAUGGAUGAAUUCCGCGGCUAAGGAAUCUGGGAGUACAUUGUAUUGGAGACUGAUUAUAGAGAAUUUUUAAUAAGCCAUCUUUCUAUGUUCAGUAGUGAAAGCUGAUAGGAUUAUUUGGCACUACAAGUUGGGGAUUGUUUAUUCUAAUCUUAUUUGUAUUUGACUUGACAUUGAUCUUCUCUCCUAGAUGAUCGAUGUGAAGAUUGUUUUGUAUUUCAAACAGGUUAAGCUUUAGCCAAGUCGACAUGUUAAUUGAAAUUUAAAUGUCUUGGUCUUUUUGCAA